AUGGUCCGUGAAUGUAUGGGUACAGACUGUACCACAAUUCCCAAGAGUAAUCUUUUGGAACAGUACAAGAUGAAUAUUCUCAAUCGCAUUUUCUUUAACAGGUUAAUUUGGGCUUUCAUAGUGAUCCUGUCUAUUUUUGCCACCAUCUACAUAAGCAUUUUAUUGGCAAAUCGUUUCAAUAGUUCACCCCUUCAAACAGUGAUAGAAAGCACCACUCAUCCAGUCGUCAAUAUUGUAUUCCCAGCGGUUACAAUCUGCAACUACAACCGUAUCGACUGGGCGAAAAUCGAGGAAGCUAAAAAGAAAUUCAUUCCAAACGCCACCAAGGAAGUCGAGGACUUGUUCGUCAAAUUUGUAUCCAAAAUGGAAAUCUUUAAAUUCGGAAAUUUUGACAGCUUUGAUGAGCUUGAAGAUGUCAACCUUCACCCUCUCGAUUUCCUUAAUAUCUCGCAGCUGAAUGAAUUCAUGAGCCACUCCUGCGAAGCCAUGUUCGUAAAUGGAUGCUGGUGGCGUUACAGGACAUUUAGAUGCUGCGAUAUUUUUGUUCGACAGAAAUCUGAGUUUGGAUUUUGCUUUGCAUUCAAUUCCGUAGUGAAUGAAGUUGGGUUAACGAAAUGGGAACAGAAUGAACCAGAUUGGCCUGUAAAGACGUCAACGUAUGGAGCCUGGAGUGGACUCAGAGUUAAUCUUGUGGCUCGAGCAAGUUCUAGAGUGCCGGGUAGCAACUAUCCCAUUGGCAUGAUGGUCAUUAUUCACCAUCCAUUCGGCUGGCCAAACGAUGGGUUAUUUGUUCCAGCUGGAACAUCAGCCGCUGUCGCCCUGAAACCCAUGCUAUCAUAUGCGAUGCCCUCCACUCGGCGCUAUGAUCCUGUAUCUCGUGAUUGUAUCUUUGUGGACGAGGCUUCCGACCCGAAGUAUCUAAAUUUACGUGGACUGCAAUACAUGAAAACCAACUGUCUCUCCGCAUGCCGGCAAAACUACAUGGUGGACAAAUGCAACUGCACUGUGGAGCCCUUUUUCCCGAUUGGAAGUUAUAAAGCAUGCACGGCUUCGGAUUUUCAUUGCUUGCUUCGACACAAUGAUCUCUUCAACUUUAUGAUAUCUGGCAGCGAGAGUGAUAACGAAGAGAAAAACCAAAGUGCUAUGAUCUGUUCCUGCAUGCAAGAGUGCGCGACUUUGGAUUAUCAAACCGAAAUCCUUCCAAUGCAUUUGCUUAAGGAUAACUUUACUGAGGAAAUGAUUAUCCUGGAUGUUCACUAUCAACAUGGAACCCUGAUCAAAUACAGAACUGAUGUCGUUUAUGGAUGGUUGGAUCUUUUAGUGGCUUUUGGUGGUAUUGCAGGACUUUUUAUGGGCGCAUCAGUUCUCAGUGGAGUUGAGCUGUUUUAUUACUUCACCAUUGGAUUCAUUGUAUACAUGCGAGACCAGUUUGGGAAAAUGAAAACUUCCAGAAAGGGUAAAGCUGCUCCAGUUCCCCGGAAAAUUCUUUUCGUUGGCCCUAAAGAAAUCUUGGCGGGAAAAUAUUAA